AUGGGGGGAAAACCCAUCUUCCGUCUAUGGACGUGCCAUAUGUGCGAUCACGAGUGGCUUUACGACACCACCCCUAUGUGCUUGGUCUGUGACCACAAAUGCUGCACGUCCUGUUCUGGUCCCCUAGGCCGUGUGCAGGACGAUAUCUACACGCUCACUAAUGAGAGAGGAGAGCCAAUGUUCAAGACGCCUAGAACUGUUAUUAAGAAGACACCUAAGACCGUUGUUAAGAAGACUGCAAAAGUUGAGGAUGCUCCCGAGCUUACUCCCAAAUUGCAACCGGAGCCUGAGCAAAUGCAUUCGCAUGACGGAGGCCAGGAAGAAACAUCCGGUACCUGA